ACCAAUCUAAUCACAGACAACCUUCCGGAUUCUUUAGGAUUCGCCUUAUACAUUAUAUACCUCUUCAAUCUUCAUCUUCAUACAAUACCCAACUCUCAGAUACAAUUCUUUCUUCUAAAUUCAAAGAAAUUGCUACUGUCUGAGAAAUGAUCCUCUGUUUCUUGGACGCUCUCAAGAACCAGCCGUUUUGGGCUGUUGGGCUCUUUCUUUUAGGAUUUCUAUCCUUCUUUAAGACCUGCAUCGCUCUUCUCAGAUGGGUUUACGUUAGUUUCCUCAGACCCCGCAAGAAUCUCAAGAAAUAUGGAGCUUGGGCACUGGUGACUGGACCAACUGACGGCAUAGGUAAGGCCUUUGCCUUCGAAUUGGCUCGAGAAGGCCUAAAUUUAGUACUAGUCGGUCGAAACGUCGACAAGUUAGAUGACAUUUCCAGAGAGAUACGAUCAAAAUAUGCUAAAAUCGAGACCAAGACUGUGGUGGUUGAUUUCAGCGGUGAUCUGAGUGAGGGUGUCAAGAAGAUUGGAGAGGCAAUUGAAGCAUUGGAUGUUGGAAUCCUGAUAAAUAACGUGGGAGUUUCAUAUCCUUAUGCAAGAUAUUUCCAUGAGGUGGACGAUGAAUUGCUGAAGAAUUUGAUUAAGGUCAAUGUGGAAGGCACUACAAAAGUCACUCAAGUUGUUUUACCUGGGAUGAUCGGGAGAAAAAGAGGUGCAAUUAUCAACAUUGGCUCUGGUGCUGCAACUGUUAUUCCAUCAGAUCCUCUCUAUGCUGUUUACGCUGCUUCCAAGGCAUACAUUGACCAAUUUUCCAAGUGUCUUCACGUGGAAUACAAGAGUAAAGGAAUUGACGUCCAAUGCCAGGUACUACAUCUUGCGAUCGCCAUGAGGCAGGGUGUGUUUGUUGAAAUCACCAGCUUGAUUGUUAAUUUGCAGGUUCCACUGUAUGUUGCAACGAAGAUGGCGUCGAUUAAAAGAUCUUCCUUCUUUGUUCCGUCCUCAAAUGGUUAUGCACGAGCAGCUCUGCUCUGCAUCGGCUAUGAACCCCGCUGUACACCUUACUGGCCACAUUCGCUAGUCUGGAAUCUCAUAUACUUGUUGCCAGAAUUUGCUGUAGAUGCAUAUCGUUUCAAGUUUUGCCUUGGUGUUAGAAAGAGGGGACAACUUAAAGACUCUAGGAAGAAUCAAUAGUAGAAUUAAUCAUGCAGCUCUUUUGGUCAUAUAGUUUAAGCUUGAAAUUGUACCGUAGCUCUUUUCUCCAUGAUGAAUUCCCCUACUACAUUAUUGUUUCUUAUUUUCUGUGUGAAUUUCCAUGAGUCGAAAUGCAUAUAUAUAUUUGUAUUCAACAGUUCAAAACUUUUUGUAAGACAAUGAAAUAAAUCCAUCAUUGUACA